GUUGGGGCGGCGAGGGGUGAGCGCAUCGCGGCUCGUUUCGGAAAGACGCGGCCGGAACGCGCCGUAGCCUUCUCUGACCUCGGGAAAGGUGGUCCGAAAGAGUCCGAGGGGCUUAGAGCCCUGGCGGAGUGAAAACGGGGCGGACGGGUGAGGCCGGAGACUGGGGCAACUGGAGCGACUGGGACAACUGGAGGACUGGAACCCUGAGGACCGGGAGUACGGAAGUCCUGACCACCUGAGCACAGGUCCCACCUGAGGUGUCCUUGACCAUCCCUGACCCCCACCCCGGAUCCCGGCAAUGCUAACCGCUGUCUGUGGCUCUCUGGGCAGCCAGCACACGGACGCGCCUCCCGCCUCCCCGCCGCGCCUCGACCUGCAGCCUCUGCAAACAUACCAGGGCCACACGAGCCCGGAGGCUGGGGACUACCCCUCCCCACUGCAGCCUGGAGAGCUGCAGAGCCUCCCGCUGGGCCCCGAGGUGGACUUCUCACAGGGCUAUGAGUUGCCGGGGGCCUCCUCUCGGGUAACCUGCGAGGACCUGGAAAGCGACAGUCCCUUGGCCCCGGGACCCUUUUCCAAGCUCCUGCAGCCGGACAUGUCACACCAUUACGAAUCGUGGUUCCGGCCGACACACUCAGGCACCGAGGAUGGCUCGUGGUGGGACCUUCAUCCGGGUACCAGCUGGAUGGACCUCCCCCACACUCAGGGAGCCCUGACGUCACCUGGCCACCCCGGGGCGCUUCAGGCCGGCUUGGGGGGCUACGUCGGAGACCAUCAGCUUUGUGCCCCGCCGCCCCACCCACACCCGCACCACCUCCUCCCAGCCGCGGGAGGGCAGCACCUCCUCGGGCCUCCCGACGGGGCGAAGGCCUUGGAAGCGGCCGCCCCAGAAUCGCAGGGGCUGGAUACCAGUCUCGACGGGGCGGCCCGGCCCAAAGGCUCCCGGCGAUCAGUGCCCCGCAGCUCAGGCCAGACCGUGUGCCGCUGUCCCAAUUGCCUGGAGGCGGAGCGACUGGGGGCUCCGUGCGGGCCCGAUGGAGGCAAGAAGAAGCAUUUGCACAAUUGUCAUAUCCCGGGCUGCGGGAAAGCCUACGCCAAGACGUCGCACCUGAAGGCGCACCUGCGCUGGCACAGCGGCGACCGUCCCUUCGUGUGCAACUGGCUCUUCUGCGGCAAGCGCUUCACGCGCUCCGACGAGCUGCAGCGCCACCUCCAGACCCACACCGGCACCAAGAAGUUCCCUUGCGCAGUCUGCAGCCGGGUGUUCAUGCGCAGCGACCACCUGGCCAAACACAUGAAAACCCACGAGGGCACCAAAGAGGAGGCUGCCGGAACGGCGGCAGCAGCGGGCGAGGGCAAGGCCGGCGGAGCAGAGCCCGCCGGGGGCAAAGGCAAGCGCGAGGCCGAGGGCAGCUCUGCUCCCUCCAACUGAGCUCCUCGGUCCCGCCUCCCCGCUGGUCUCCCCUGGGGCCGUCAGAAGAGAGUCCUCUGGCCUGCUGCCUUUGGGAGGCGGCUUGAGUAAGAAGAGAAAGUGGUUAUUUAUUGAGAGGGAGGAAAAGUGGUGCGGGGAUCGGGGAACCGGGGCG